CGUCAUCUGUUUACAAAUGAAUGCCUGAGCAACAGUUAUGUGUUAGACGAAUUAUCAUACAGGAAUCUUGAAUGAAAUGAAACUUUCAGACUGAAAAAGUAGCGACAUGCCGAGUCUAUGUAUUAGUUGAUACACAUUCAUCUUACGAAAGGACGGUAGGUAGCUUGUAAACUAUGGGGUCAUUUGCUAGUCAAUUUAUGACACCUGAUGGAGAAGAGAUUGCUCAACAUACACAUCCUAGCAAGCCCAACUGGAUCACUGUUCAUGCCAUCACUGCCGAGUUGAGUAUAGCUGAGACGGAGCGUUUGUGGCUGAGGUUUCAACAACUGGGGUGUAACAGGGAUGGAAUUAUCACGGAAGAAUUGGCUGGCCAAACGUCGGUUUCAUCUGAUGCAUUUUCAAGAAAUAUACUGAAAAAAUUCACACUGAGCCAAACAAAGAAUAUAACAUUUGAGAACUUUCUCCGUGGAUUGAAAUGGUGUGAGAUAGCAGACUUGAAUGAUAAACUCAGAGGAAUUUUCCGAUUAUUGAAUAAUGGAAACCCUGUUCCGAAGACCACCUUUGUGAAAAUAUUGGAACGUGUCUACACCAACCCAAACGAUAAAAAGGAUGUGCAGAGGGUGUCAGACAUUGUGUACAAACAUAUGGAUAAAAAGAACAAAGCCAUGAUGACUGAAGACCAGUUCGUUACCGGGAUCAGGAACGUUGUUCCAGACGACACACUAGAGGAUUUGCUUCUGUUUGAGGUCCUUCCGACCUACAUGAAGGAACGCCUUCACAGUCAACUUCCAGAGUUUAAAAGUGAAGGACCCACCCCAGACCCUGGCGGGAGGCAGAUCCCCUCGGAGGCAGCUCUACGGCAGGUAGCGGAAAAAAUCCACAGACGUGAUUGGUUGAGGACUGCCAAUAAACUUGGACUGACCAAUGAGGUUGUGAGCGAAAUCAAAGCUAAUGCGUCCGACUCUAAACAACAGGCAUACACCAUGCUGAGGAGAUGGAAGGAACAAGAAGGAGCCCACGCUUACACAAGUGUCCUGGAACGAGCUCUGAAGGACUCGGGCAUGACGGAGGCUGCAUAUGCCUUGAUGUUAUAACUUCACCUUCUCCUACAAGAAUCGUGACACAGUUACUGCAAUGCGUAUUCUGAAGAACUCGGGCAUGUCGGAGGCUGCGUAGGCCUUGAUGCUACAGCUUCAACUUACCAGACCAAUAUUGUGACCUCACUGCAUGCUUUUAACUCAUUCACCCCUGAACUUUUAUAAUGAACCAUUCCAACCUUUGAAUUGGAAUAGUUCAAAUGUGUCUUCAGGGGUAAAUGAGUUAAAGGACUUGGGCAUGGUGGAAUCUGCAUACAGCAUUUUGCUAUAAAAUUGACCUCUUUCCAAUAUCAGAAAACAGCUACUUUAUUGCAUGCUCCGAAGGACUCGGCAAGACCGAGACAGCUUAUGCCUUGUUGCUUUAAAUGUACCUUUUUCUAUGUAUUGAUGAAACAGCUACUUUUCUGCUUGUUCUGAAAGACAGAAGCGGAAUACAUCGCGAUGGUAUACUUAAUAAUCUCAACUGUUUGUGUGCACAUCCUGUCAUGGCUUUUUUUGUUAAACAAAUUUUUCUUAAGGCUAAGUUUGUCUUGAACACAGACAGGAAUUGAAAACUUACAAUUUUGCGUGCAGUCUUUGAGUGCAAUUUGGUGAAACGUCUCUAUGAUUUUUGACAGCUGACUUUACCUGAUUCGGUCCACUGUUGCUCUGCGAGUUAUUUUCACCGGUUUAGAGUCGAGACACCGGUCAUUUACACUAUUUGCUUGACAAAGGAAACAGAUGUUUUCGAAAGCUCACAAAAUAAGUUUUCUAUUCCUGUUUGUGUUAAAAACAAACUUAGCCCUUAUACCAAAGUGAUGAAUUUUAUUCCGAAAUUUUUGUGGUCAUAAGGUGCAUGGUCAAUUUGAACGAUGUUAAUAUACAUAUAUAUAUUCACUGUACAAAUGUUUCACUCAAUAUUCCACUUUAAUCAAGAAAAUUGCAAAAGUUGAUACAAAACUACAGUUUCAUGUUAUAAUGUUAUUCCAAACCUCUCACAUUAUUUUCAUCAUUCAGGUACUUGAAUGACCUCUGAAUGACUUUGGCAUGACAGAAACUGUCUUUGUCCUGAUGUGGUAUCACAGUAUUGAAUACACUUUCAAACGUCAGUUCAUAAAACUACUAUGUUGCAUUUCUUUUUCGUUAAUACUAAAACAGCAAUAAUGUUAUUAUGGUAAAGUUUUUUGACUCUAUGCUCAAGAUAUUUAUGUGCAAUCUUGAGAACAAGUUUUGUUUUGAUAUUUCACGUUAUUGAUGAAAGCAUCCCCCCUAAACUUUCAAUUGGAUGACAGAUUUUACAGAUUAUUUGAUGAACUGUAGUUGUGUUCAGUGUAUAGAGUAAGUUAUUUCUCUGGAAUACUGGAUACAGGGAAAUUUAUGCCCAGUCAUAUAUUCACACAAAGUGUAAAUUGCACCCUUCACAUGUAAUCACUAUCGAGGGUAAAUUGUGUGAAUUAUAUUUACUGUCAUGAUAAAUGUUCCCCGAUUGCAGAAGGCGAAAAAAGGCGAAAAUUGACCUGCAUCAAAAAUAUGGCAGUAUAUAGUAGUUCAGGGUUUGAAACCUGUUCCAUGAAUGGCUAAGAUCUAAUGGGAGGCUGAUUGAGUUGUCAGUUUGCUGAAGUUUUCACGGGUUUUAAAACUUUUUUCUUGUUGUUCUACACACUAUCAGAGGCAUACUUCUUUGCCUUUGAGUAUCUCCUAUGCAAGGUUUCAAGAUGGUGCAAUAAAUGGCUCUCAGGUUUUCAGGUUCCUCCUGUCUUCAUAUGACAUCGGCUGUCGUGAGCAUUAAACCCCAUACAAACGAAACCCAGGUUCAUCUUGGCGGAAGUUUUUUUUUUAAUUUUUACUCAAGUGUCAUUUUUUUGAGGGGCUGCAGUGGCAAAGUGGUUAAGGCGUCUGACAUUCUACUACCACUAGCCCUCCAUCUCUGGGUCGCAGGUUUGAGGCCUACGUAGGACAGUCGCCAGGUACUGGUCGUAGGUCGGUGAUUUUUCUCCAGGAACUCAAGCUUUCCUCCACAACCAAAACCUAGCUGGCAUGUCCUUAAAUGACCGUAGCUGUUAUUAGGACGUAAAACACAAACAAACCAAAUUUUUCUCUGAAGUGCUAUGUAACCGUCUAAAUAUUUAAUUUUAGACAAAUUAAAUUGGUUUACCUAGUAAAUAAUGUCUUGUUAAAGUUAAAUAACACUAAAACAUAGCAUAUAGAAAUGAUAAAUAUAUCUGGUUUGUGUAUUAAGAUUAAUUGUUUAAUGAUGGAAUAUAUUUGAAUAAUCUGUACACAUUAAUGUGUUCAUUAAAUUAAACUCAAAAUUUUGAGAUAUAAUUAUUUUUUCAAGGAAUAUAAUUCCGUAAGUGUUCUCAUAGCCAGUACUAUUGAAAAAGGCAAAAUAGAGUUAUCUCCCUUCUCAAGAAAAUAUAUAGUUAUGUCCCUUCUGAAAAUAGUUUCAUAUAUUAUUUCCAAAUAUGCAAAUGAGUCUUUGACCAAGGCUAGAAACUUGAAACAUAACUAUAAGUCAAAUUUAUGAUUUUGUAGGGUAUGUGGUAGGGUGGGGCGUUUCAUUUUGUUGUGAACAAAAGAAAGAAAUCCACUGUAUUUAACUUUAAAAUCCAUUCAUUUUUUGAUAAAAAAAAUCAAAAAAUUGUUCUCUGGGAUUUGAACUGAGGACUCACUGGUCAUUAGUCCAACACCUUACCAACUUGGCAAUUCAGGAUGUGUCAUUGUAAUAGUAACAUUUUGUAUAUUUGAUGUUGGCAUUUAGUGGAUUUUUUUUUUAAUUGCUAAGGUCUUCUUGCUUUCCAUAGUUCAGUCAAUGCCUUUAUUUAUUGCAAUAUAUCUGUCAUGAUUUGUUAUUGUUUGCAGUUUUAUAAUUGUUCUUGCAGUCAAUAAAUGAAUUCAAUUUCUGUGAUAUAAAUAGAACUAUUAUAGAAGUACAGUGUCUUCCAUCCAUGAUAGAACUAGAUUACAUGUCCACAAAUAUUUUAACUUGUACAAUGUACCUUGUAUUCCAAGAAAUAUUGUGACACAAGAAUUUGUAUAAUGUAGAUUCCGCUUAAUAUAACUUCUCAUUUGUCAGAGAAAACAUGAUAUUAACAGGAACGUAUUAUGCAAACAGAAAUAAAUAUUUAUCAAAG